CAAGUUUUUAGAGCUUGUUAUGGACACGGAGGCUUGAGUUGCCAUAUUCUUGAAGGUCCUAACUUUAUUUUUCUAGCUUCAGCCUCUAACGCAUGAGCAAUCUAUGCUCAACAAAGCUAUUCAUAGAUUCCAAGUAUGAACAGCGCUUUAGUGAGUAUCUUACCCACUUUUCUGUCGCAUCUAAGAUUGGAAAUACUUGUGCAAUAAAAAGUUGUAUUUGCAUUGAGAUACGCGUUAAAAGUAAGCAGAUUUGGCAGUACUACAUUGGGGUUACAAAAGCAACUUGCAAAGGGGUACCUGACGACGACAUCUCAAGUUCCUUGGCGGCAUGGCGUCUAGUUAAGGUAAAAAGUUCAAUUUACAGGGGAGAGGUGCAGAACUUGCAUGUUAGCCUCCAUUACCGGUUUAGCUCACUCCUUCAAGGUUCAUGCCUUAUUGGGUCCCAUGUGUCUCUCCCAUUUCUUCCAUAAAUACCCAACACUUCCUCUUCCUUCAUCCCCUUUGUUCUCUCUCUCACAGUUUAGUUUCGUUUACAUGGCAAUCCUGAAUAUGGAGGAAGAAGUUGGGUUUCAGGGUGAGGUACCUGAGAAUCACCAGGAGUUCACUGCCACUGAAAUCCAAGAGCUUUUAUCACUCUUUCUAGUCAACGACGGGCCUCCAAGUUCCGGUUCCGAUUCACAGGGUUCGAUCCCGACCUCGGCAGCUUGUUCAACCAAUGACGACGAGAGGAAGCUGCGUCGGAUGAUAUCAAAUCGGGAGUCAGCCCGGCGGUCACGGUGUAGGAAAAAGAGGCAUUUGGAAGAUCUGACUAAUGAGGUGAACCGGUUGAUGAUCCAGAACCGGGAAUUGAAGGAUCAGCUGGGCCGGAUUCUCAGCCGCCGCCAUAUGGUUCUGAGAGAAAAUGAUUGGUUGUGGAUGGAGUCCGUGGGUCUUCGGGUCAGACUUUCGGAUCUUUGCCGGAUCUUUGCCGUCAUGCAAUAACCGUCAAAGAAGCUUACGUAAAAGUUAAAAAGGAAAAAGUA